AUGAACAUCUCCGGAGGCCCACUUUUCCCUUCACAGAGCUCACUCAACCUCAUGGAUGACAAUUUGAAGAUAGGCUUCGACCUCACGAGCAAGCCGGUGUUGAUAGAGGAUCAAGGGAAUGACACUGGCGCUCUUGGGAACUCCAGCGACCCGUUUGGCCGGAACGAGGAGGUCGCCAAGAUCGAGAUCACGGUGCUUAGCGUGACAUUCGUCGUGGCUGUGGUGGGGAACCUGAGCGUGCUGCUGGCCAUGUACACGAGCCGACGGAAGCCCUCGCGCAUGCACCUGUUCAUGAAGCAUCUGAGCCUCGCGGACUUGGUAGUGGCCUUUUUCCAGGUGCUACCGCAGCUCUGUUGGGAGAUCACCUUCCGCUUCUACGGGCCUGACUCCCUGUGCCGCAUCGUCAAGCACCUGCAGGUGCUAGGGAUGUUCGCGUCCACCUACAUGAUGGUGAUGAUGACGCUGGACCGCUACAUCGCCAUCUGUCACCCGAUGCAGACCCUUCACCAGCCCACGCAGCGCGCCUAUAUGAUGAUCGGGGCCAGCUGGGUGUGUAGUCUUGCCCUGAGCAUGCCCCAGUAUUUUAUCUUCUCCCUGAGCGAGGUCCACCCGGGCUCGGCCGUGUAUGACUGCUGGGGACACUUCAUCCAGCCGUGGGGCGUGCGCGCCUACAUCACCUGGAUCACCGUGGGCAUCUUCCUCGUGCCCGUGACCGUGCUUAUGCUCUGCUACGGCUUCAUCUGCCGAGCCAUCUGGCGGAACAUAAAGUACAAGACCCAGAAGGGCACUAGCGUGAUGGCACUUGCGACCAAGAAUGGGCUGAUUGGGACGAGUUCAGUCAGCAGCGUCACCACCAUCUCGCGCGCCAAGCUGCGCACAGUGAAAAUGACUUUCGUGAUCGUGCUGGCGUACGUGGUGUGCUGGGCUCCGUUUUUCACCGUGCAGAUGUGGUCGGUGUGGGAUGAGAGCUUCUCGUGGGUAGACUCCGAGAACACCGCAGUCACCCUCUCGGCUCUGCUGGCCAGUCUGAAUAGCUGCUGUAACCCGUGGAUCUACAUGAUCUUCAGCGGCCACCUCCUCUCUGACAUGAUGCACUGUCUGCCGUGCUGCCGGAGGCUGCUCCACAAAUUCGGCCAUCAAGACUCGAACAGCAGCAUCCGCCGCACCACAAUCCUGACCCGGGUACCGCCCCCGGCCCUACCCCAUCGGAGCUCAGAGAAAAGCUCUUGCAAAGAUUGCAUCCACAACUCUCACAGGAACUGUCAAUCAAUCCCGGUGGAGUCUUAA